AUGCCGCUAGAACAUACAACCGAGGAUGGAGAUGAGACUCUCUUUCGGGAGCAGGAAACUUCAGAAGUCAACUCUCCUCUCAAAGAAUUUCCGCAGAGUACUAAUGUUCUUGUUGUCGACGCGAAUCUCAUCACUUUACGUAAUAUGAAAGAAAUCAUGGAACAGUACACUUAUCAAGUGACAACUUAUGCGAACGCAGAAGAAGCUAUCUCGUUUCUGACAAAUUGUAAACAUGAGAUUAAUAUUGUGAUUUGGGAUUAUCAUAUGCCUGGAAUUAAUGGACUGCAAGCUCUUGAAAUCAUUGGUUUAAAGAUGGAUCUUCCUGUAGUGAUUAUGUCUAAUGACCAUCAAACCGAAUCGGUGAUGGACGCAAUUCAACAUGGUGCAUGCCAGUAUGUUAUAAAACCGGUUAGAAACGAGAUCAUGGCCACCAUAUGGCAACACAUUGUAUGCAAGAGGGGGAUUUCUAAACCCGGUUUAGUUCCACCGGUAUUGGUCCAUGAUGACUGUUCAAAGCAAGACAAAGAUGAUUCAGUGACUGUAGACCAAGAUCGUAGUGAGCAGAACAUCGAUAAGAUAGAAGAGAAAAUAACAAAGAAACAAAGAAUGACGGUUAAGAGUAACGGUUCAGAACAAGACAACGAUGAUUCAAGGACCGUAAGACAAGACAACUUUGGACAAAGCAUCAAUAAGAAAAAAGAGACAUCUUUCAAGAAACCGCGGAUAUUGUGGACUGGAGAUCUUCAACAAAAAUUUCUUGAUGCCAUCGUUUUACUUGGUGGGCCUAAAAAAGCUACCCCAAAGGGAAUUCUCAGAUGCUUGCAAGAUAUGAAGAUCGAAGGACUCACUCAAAAAAAUGUGUCAAGUCAUCUUCAGAAAUAUCGUCAAACUAUUGAGAAGAACCCAAUUCCUCAACAGUAUCCAGAAACUGGUUGGUCUAGUUUCUGUAAACCUUCGCCUUUCUUAGGUAUGAACAAUGGUUUCAUAGCACCAUCAUCCUAUAUGAAUGGUCCACCUAUUUACCCUGUCCAAGACAAUCAAUAUCAAAAUGGUUACUUGGCAAUGAACAACAACCAGUUCGUGACCAAUAAUAUGCCUGGUUUGCCCUACUUGAACCAUGAUCACCAUCUCCAGCAGCAGCAGCAACAACGAAAAUAUCAGCCUUCAAAUCAUGUGAAUUACAUGAUGAGAAAGAAUGAACCAGAACAAGCUUAUAAUGGCGUUGAUUUAACGGAUCUCGAGUCAAUUUAUCAAAGUUUGCAGUAUGAUCCAAACGAGUUUCUGUUUGACGGCUACAAUUUUGGUAACUGA